UGUGGGAGAUGGGCGUUGGUCGCCGUAGGCGGGAUACGGGUCGGUCAACCUUCCUAAAUACCAGUAUUACUAAUAAUAAUAGUAAGUAUGAAAAUGGUGCAUUUAAUUAGAUAGUAAUACUACUGACGCAUGCCGGCGCCGGUUCCGGCUGGGCGGGUGGCAGCUCGGAAGAAAGCGGCAGCUCGGAAAUGGAAUGGAAUUGGAAGGAAGGGGUGGCUGCCUCUCUGUGAUUUCAUAUUGUUUAAGGAGCACAGUCAAUAGCAGCACGCAUGAUGGACAGUCGGAGAGAGAGAGAGAGAGAGAGAAAGAGAGAGGAGUAGAUGCAGAGUCUUUAAUGCCCAAUUUCCCACAGAAUAAAUGUGAUGGAUGUUGGGGAAGACAAGUACAAUUACAACAUUCAACACCAGUACCAACAAUACAAUAAGCAGCAGUAGUAGUAGAGCACCGGUAGUGUAGCGAACAGCACAGCAGCCCUCCAUUUUUCCUCUCUUUCCUUGUGAUUUUGGAACUAACGAAGACAAAUUUGAUUGAUUUGACGCAAGGAGAAAAAUAGGUAGAUAGAUGCUGCUUCUUAGAAGAAGGAACAGAGAUGGCGGCAGAUCAUCGCUCCCACGAGAUGCUCCUGCUGCUGCUCUCAUUUCUCUUAAUCUUCUCUUCUUCCUCCCCGCAAACCAAGACCGUGGCCCAGCAGUUGAGCUCUCACAUGGACCGGGGUGCCCUCUUUAGCCUUAGGUCUUCUCUUGGGUUUAGGAGCAGGGACUGGCCAAGGAAGGCCGACCCGUGCACACAGUGGGUCGGGGUCCAAUGCAAUGGAGCGGGUCAAGUUGUCGGUCUCAAUAUCUCGGGGCUGAGACGGACUCGCAUCGGUCGUAUGAACCCUCGUUUCUCUGCAGAUGCCCUGAUCAACCUCACCCUCCUCUCCUCCUUCAACGCCUCCAAUUUUGCCCUUCCUGGCCCCAUACCGUCCUGGUUUCCCCGCCUCUCUUCUCUAAAAUUUGUUGAUCUCCACUCCUCCUCCCUCAAUGGCACCAUCCCUCCCUCUCUCUUCCGCGACAACCUAACCCUUCUCGAUCUCUCCCGCAAUAACCUCACUGGAUCCCUCCCCCUUUCUAUCUCAUCUUCUGUUGCCCAAUUGAACCUCUCCCAUAACCUCCUCUAUGGCGCCCUCUCAUCCCAGCUGGGGGCCAGUCUUGUUAGAUCUCUCUCCUCCUCCUUGGAUCUAUCUUACAAUUAUCUGCAAGGCUCCCUUCCCCCUGCCUUGGCAUCAUCGCCCUCACCUAAUAAUACCAGCAGCACUCCUCAAACCUUCGCCUUCAACUGUCUUCGCCAAGUACCAAACCAGAGGAGCCUCUCAGAAUGUGCCUCCUUCUACCAGGCAAGAGGCUUGACAUUUGUCGGUUUCGGGCCCCCCAACACCACCUCCCCCGCACCUUCACUCUCAUCUUCCCCUCCUCCUGGCAGGAAGAGCAAGGACAGGAGGCUGAGGAUCAUUCUCGGGGCUGCCCUUGGUGGUGGUCUCGGCCUUAUAGUGCUUCUGCUGCUGCUCUGUCUCCUUCUCAAGUGCUGCCGCGGGAGGACUGAUGGUGGUGACGCCAGAAGAAGAGAUACCAUGGACUCACCGUCUUUGCAUAAUAACAAUGCUGUGGUAGCCAAGGGUGGUGGUAGUGCUGUGUCUCCUCCAGGGCAGGCGUUCAGCAUAAACCUUUCCAAAUUGGGGGAGGCCUUCUCCUACGAGCAAUUGGUGCUUGCCACCAAAGACUUUGGAGACUCGAAUCUCAUCAAGCACGGGCAUUCUGGAGAUCUGUACCCGGGAACUCUAGAGGGCGGGAUCCCUGUUGUGGUGAAGAGGAUCGACCUGCGCGUGGUCAAAAGAGAGGGAUACAUGGCGGAGCUUGACCUCUUUGGGAGGGCUUCUCAUCCAAGAUUGGUGCCCCUCUUGGGCCAUUGCCUCGAACAUGAGAAUGAGAAGCUCCUCAUUUACAAGUACAUGCCCAAUCGCGAUCUUUCCCAUUCUUUAUACAGGAAGGCUGGUCAGGCGGAGGAUGGUUUGCAGUCUCUCGACUGGAUCACGAGGCUCAAGAUUGCCAUUGGAGCUGCUGAGGCUCUCUCUUACCUCCAUCACGAAUGCACUCCUCCGCUCGUUCACAGAGAUGUUCAAGCGAGCAGUAUCCUUCUUGAUGAUAAAUUUGAAGUACGUCUUGGAAGCCUAAGUGAAGUAUGCACUCAAGAAGGUGAUACUCAUCAGGGUGUCAUAUCGAGGUUGCUGCGGAUAUCACAGACAUCGGAACAAGGCACUUCUGGUUCAUCCUCAUCCACAUGUGCAUAUGAUGUGUACUGCUUCGGAAAGGUGCUGCUUGAGCUGGUGACAGGAAAGUUAGGGAUGAGUGGGUCGAAUGACACAAGUGUAUUGUUGGAGUGGGCAUUGCCUUGUAUCAAUAUUUAUGAGAAGGAGUUGGUGACCAAGAUUGUUGACCCAUCCCUGAUAGUGGAUGAUGACCUUCUAGAGGAAGUGUGGGCCAUGGCGAUUGUGGCCAAGUCUUGUCUCAAUCCCAAACCCUCAAAGCGACCUCUCAUGAGAUACAUCCUCAAGGCACUCGAGAAUCCUCUCAAAGUGGUUAGGGAGGAUAGCGGCAGCAAUAACAAUGGCAAUGGUGGAGCGUCUGCGAGGCUUCGGACAACUUCGUCCCGAGGGUCAUGGAAUGCUGCACUCUUUGGCAGCUGGAGACACAGCUCGUCUGAGAUUGCGGUGGCUCCUAGAGAGGUGGCCAAGCAAUCUGGGACAGCUGGAUCUCAAGGGAGCGGUGGUGGACAAGGAGGAGGAGACACACCCUCUCACAAGAGACUCUCCAAGGAGAUCUUCCCUGAGCCACCACCCUCUUCCUCUGCUGCUGCUCAAGAAAUAGAAGGUGGUGGUGGUGGACACAAUCAUCAGGAAGAUUGAUUAGAAAGGAACUUGUUGAGUGCUGUAUUUCUCUGUGCUGUGAUUCUUUGGAAAUAAUACAAAGGGGAGGGGAGAGGAGGGCUCCCUCCAAUUCGAGGGCUUGCCUUACUGCUCAUAAUCAGUAGCAUGAAUUUUUUAUUUCCUUUUUGUUUUAUUUGCUAUUGUUGUUUUAGAGGAAGAUGGAUUAAUUCUUCAAGGAAAGGAGGAUCCACCUACCCCUUCUUACCCCCACCCUCAUAGUAGCAGAAAGAUUGUAACCAACCACUGACUGAUUCACAUGUAUCGAUCAAAGCCAUUUUUUCAUGUCUCUUCUUCACAGUUGUCACCGGGAGGAAGACGACUACCAGAGCACGCACUAUAUUUGGUUGUGCAAUGCUCUGGAGGCCUCUUGCUGCUGCUAUAUUAGACGUGGAUAGAUCUCGUGCUUGGCAUGAGGUGUGUUAAUUGGCGUUAUUUUUUGUAAAGAUGUGGAGGAGGUUGAGGUUGAUUGGUUUGCUUGGUAGGGGAGCUUUCAGCCUGGAGGAUGUGAAUUAUUUAUUCUGGUCUUACAUGCAGAUGCGUGAAAAAACUGCAACUUAAUUUGUUCUUUUUGUGUUUUUUAUUUGUUGUGUAAUUGUUUGUCCAUGAUUAUCAUGGAUGUGUAAAUGGAGCUCAGACCUUUCUUUUUGGAUUUA